AUGUCAACAGAUUUACAAGUUUUUUUACCAAAAUUUAGAAAUAAGCAGCAGUAUAAAUGCAUUAUAGAAAGGUCUUUCAACGAAGCCAUAGAGGAUGCUACAAAUAAUUCUUAGUCACCUUAGAAUAAAUUUAGAUAAGGACUUAUUGAUGUGGUUACUCCCCAUAAGGAAUUGGAUUUAUUCCUCGCAUAGGACAUCAUAGCUAUAAAACCGCAAUCAGGAACGGCUCUCCAAAUGCGGAGAAUUAAUGAUAUAAAAAGCAGAGUUUCUAGCUGCUAUGCUUCAAGAUAAAUCUCACCUUCGAAAAUAAUAGAUAGCAGCUAUACUAAUAAUAGUUUAACAAGCAAUCAAUACUUCCAUAAAAAUAAAAUUUAUUAGAAUUACAAGUAUAAAUCAGUAGCUGAUGACUUUGAUAGAAAUCUACUAAAUAAUACUUGCGACAUUGUCAAAAGUCAAAAAGUUAAAAAUAAAAUAAAAGACUUCUAGUUUUAAUUAUAUCAUAAAAAGCAUUAGCCUCUUUUUGAGCUAUCUGAAGAAAAUAUCAAUUUUUUGGCAGCUAGAGACCCUAUACAAUUUAAUUUUUAGCAAUCUCAACUGCAAUCAGAAUAGUAAAGCAUUUAGAAAUAGGAGGAUCACUAAGAAGCGUUUGAAUAAAAUUUUGAACCAGCAAAUCAAGUUUUGAUAACAGAAACUGAUGAAUCUUCUAAAUUUCUUGACAAAGCACUCAUAAAAACUAUGAAAAAUUCUUUAGAUUCAUUUAGGUUUUAAAAUAAAAGGAGUAAAAGUGAGCUCAGGGGCAAAGCUACUACUCUUUAGAGCACAAUAAAAACAGAAAGAAAUGACUUGAAUAAUUCUAUAAAUACGAUAAAUAAUGAAUUAGAAAGCUCAAGAAACUCUAUAAAUUUUAAAUACAAAAACAAUCAGCCAAACUAGCUUUUACCACCAAUAUUUUCUCUAGAAUAAUUUUCUGGCAACAUAGAUUAACUCCAUUCCUACGCUAAAAUGGCAAAUAAGGGUAAAAUUUGCACAGAAAACUUCAUCUAAAAAGGGAUCCCUUCUUCUUACCCUGCUGUACAUGUUAUGUCUCCUAAAUUUACUACAUCUAAUUCUCCUUCUCCAUCUCAAAAGUGUAAGACAGAAAGUAACUAUCGAACAAGAUCUUCAUCAAUCAGUGGCACUAACUUUAUUAAAAAGAAUGAUAGUAACUAAAGGAUGAUGAUGAUCACAAGUCCAAAUGUAGAGACAGAAGAAAGCACGCUGAAAUUAGAUUCACUAAUAUAGCAAUAAAGAGUUAGAAAUGUACAAGAUAUAUCUAACAAGGUUUAAAGUUAACUUGAAUUUAAUUCGAAUGAAAUAAAAUAAGCUAUGGACUCAAUAAGAAAACACUUUUGGGGAUCUACUAUUAAAGAUUAACACUAUAUAAAGCUAAGCUAAGAUUAGCUAUUCUAUGAAUUUCUGUAGUUUUGUUAAAUUUCACACAAAGUUCUUGAGAUGCACAGACAAAAUUUAAUCUAAUUACCUACAGACCUAAAAAAGAACCAGCUAAAGUUAAUGGAUCUCAUAAAAGAGACAGAUAAAACAAUCCUACUAGAAGUUAUGUAAGAAGCCUUUCCUGUUUUAAAAGAAAACAUAAACUCUAUCAAAUAAAGAAUCUUAGAAGCACUAAAUUUUAAACUCCCAAAAUAAAUAGACAAAUCCACUUUUUAUACUAUUGGUUGGGAGGGUUUUCAAAAUUUUAUAUAGAUAGCAGUAACCAAAAAAGCAAAUUUAUCAGAAAUAGCAAAUUUUAUAGUUAAAUUCUUUAAUCCUUAACAGCACAAAUAUAUUUAAGUUGAUGACUUUAUUAGUACCCUAAAAACAGUAAGCAGUAAAGUAGAUAAAUAUGUAGACUAAAAAAGCAAAAAAACCAUUUUCUCAGCUUUUGAAUAGAAUUUUAAGCUACUUGGUAUCGUAGUACCUGGAGUUUCAGUUUUUAAAUCAAGUUAACUAAGAGUCAUUAUAAUGGAAAAUAAAGUUAACCAUAAUGAAUUAAUUGACCUAAUCUUUGAGAGUUUUUGA